AUGGCGCCAUUUCCGCGUGGCAUUGUGAAGCCUCGGAGCGACAAAGUGAGAGCCGUCCUGAACAUUUCUGUGGAGAGGAAACAGCCGAAUCCUCUGCGCGCCCCUCGCAAGACGCUCCUCGAUCCGCCUCCCUGUGUCGCACCUCUCGAGAAAGGAAACCCUAAACUCGAUCGACAAUUCGAUACGUUGAACAGAAGUAUCACAGGGUUUCGAAAAUACAAGGCGCCACAGGCAGCGGCCCCGCGCGUGAUCCGAGACAGAGACGAAACAAACUUUCACGAGAUGCUCGGCAAAUUCCGCUUCGACCUUCAAGGAUCGUUCAGAGAGAAUGGGGAUGCUCUGCGUGACAGUCUCCUCCAGGUGGGGCGAGAUCUCUUCCUCGUCGGAUGGGUGAAGUGCAGAAGUCGCUUCGCGACUGGCCAUAUUCAAGGUGACGUAUACGCCCUUUCGUACAUGCGCCGAUACCUCGAAAAACACGUCGACGAAAAUGUCUCUUCUGUUCGCUUCUACGAGGAGAAUUUCGGCAUGCCUCUCCUUGAAUACGAGCGCAUGAGCGCUGUCAAUGACUUCCGCGCGCCCGGAAAGAAACAGCAACACGCGCUUAGGGCUGCAGAGAAGAACAAAGCGAAGAAGCUAGAGCAAGAAAGUCUUCGCCACUCUCAGGAAUUGGAGCGCUACUACGAAGAAAACUGCAUCCGAAAUUACUAA